GGAAGUCGGAGGUGCUGAGGAGGCGCUAAAGGAAAUUAGCAUACCCGCUUAGCGGUGCCUCGAUGCGGAUGGAAGGGUGAGCAGAACCACUGGGGCAAAUUCUCUCGACCCAAAGGACACAGCCGAGCCCGGGCUCAUCUCUUUCGGUUCUUCUUGACGUCCGCCUGCCGAGGAGAUGGGCGACAAGGCGGGCACAAGAGUCUUCAAGAAGUCCAGUCCCAACUGUAAGGUGACGGUCUACCUGGGGAAGAGGGACUUUGUAGACCACCUGGACCAUGUGGAUCCAGUAGAUGGCGUCAUCCUGGUGGACCCCGAGUACCUAAAGGACAGGAACGUCUUUGUCACGCUGACCUGCGCAUUCCGUUAUGGACGUGAGGACUUGGACGUUUUGGGACUGUCCUUCCGCAAAGACCUCUACAUUUCCACCUUCCAGGCCUUCCCGCCUGUCCCCGAAGAACGCAAAGCCAACAGUCGCCUGCAAGAACGUCUCCUGAAGAAGCUUGGACAAAAUGCACACCCCUUCUACUUCACGAUCCCUCAAAAUCUUCCGUGUUCAGUCACCUUGCAGCCUGGACCUGAGGACACAGGCAAGGCAUGCGGUGUGGACUUUGAGAUUCGAGCAUUCUGCGCCAAGUCCAUGGAGGAGAAGAUCCACAAGAGGAACUCUGUGCGUCUGGUGAUCCGGAAGGUUCAGUACGCUCCAGAGAAACCGGGUCCUCAGCCCAUGGUGGAGACCACUCGCAGCUUUCUGAUGUCGGACAGAUCACUGCACCUGGAGGCGUCACUGGACAAGGAGCUCUACUACCAUGGCGAACCCAUCAGCGUCAACGUGCACGUGACCAAUAACUCCACCAAGACGGUCAAGAGGGUCAAGAUCUCAGUGCGUCAGUAUGCCGACAUCUGCUUGUUCAGCACGGCUCAGUACAAAUGUCCCGUGGCCCAGCUGGAGGCUGAUGACCAGGUGUCGUCAAGCUCCACCUUCUGUAAAGUGUACACACUGACGCCUACGCUGGACAAGAAUCGUGAGAAGAGAGGACUGGCUCUGGAUGGCAAACUCAAGCACGAAGACACCAACCUGGCCUCAUCAACCAUUGUCAAGGACGUCACCAACAAAGAGGUCCUAGGCAUCCUGGUGUCCUACAGAGUCAAAGUCAAGCUGGUGGUUUCACGUGGAGGAGAUGUGUCAGUGGAGCUGCCCUUCAUCCUCAUGCACCCCAAACCUGCUGACCCCCCUGCAUCACGUCCCCAGUCAGCUGUGCCAGAGACGGACCCCCCCAUUGACACCAACCUGAUAGAAUUCGACACAAACAGCGUCUCCCAGGAUGACGACUUCGUCUUCGAGGACUUUGCUCGCCUGCGACUCAAAGGUGUUGUGGACGACAAAGACGAGGACUGCUAGGAGCGCCAACAUGCACAAACACAUGCACACUUGCGCACACACACCCACACACACACACGUUACAUUCCCGAGUGGAGGGACAGAUGCUGCCAUGUUUGGGCACUGCCUCACAGCGCUCCUUCCUCGCUUUUGUCACGCAGCCGCCAUUUUUGCUGCCAUCUUCUCGUUAGUUGUUUUGAUUUGCUGGGCUGCGCUUGUGAGGAAACAAUGAAGCCAACACAAAACAUCUGUUGCUCUUAUUUUGAAAUACUUUGAAUGUUAAGCGUUUCCCGGGGCGAUGAGUAGACUGCAGGUAGCAGCGCACUCAACAUUCCAGCGUUAUUUUCACGUUAGCGCUCACAUGGGAAGUGGUGUCGCUGCUAAAGGUGUCCUUUUAACUCCCUCCUCACUUCUUGUUAGUCGGCGGCGAGUGGACCUGAACCGGUGCCUUCGUCGCGUCUUCAUUCACUGUUAAUAAUAAAUGCCAAUUAACCCCCACCCCAGAAGAAAAACAUGAACUUGAUGUCUCAUUUGAAGCCGCCAGCGUCACCUCGCCGCCGACCCGAGACAAGACGCAUGACGGGAAAUGUUCUCGUGCUCCUGCGGUGGAAGAAAAGAGGCGGAGCAUGUUGGCUUUUUUUCUGAGCAGUGCUGUGAAUCGUCGUGGUCGUCGUGGUGAUUCGUUUGGUCGUGCAUGUGAGCUAACUUUGCCAACAGGAAGAUUGCUUUGAUGCUUUCCAUGCUCGUAAUCAUUUAAUUGUUUUUUAUUUCACUUUGUUUUUAUGAUUAAAGGUGAAAUAAACAAA